AUGACUCACAAUAAUGAUACAACCUCCACUACACAAGUAACUCCUAUUCCAAAUUCUCACAAUUUAAUAUUAUCCUUGUCGGCUCUUUCAUUUUUUACAGGUAUAACCAGUUCAGCUUGGUAUACUCAUCGUAAAGCUUUUGGAUCAAUUCUUUGUUUGUCCACCGGUGGAUUAAUUGCUGUUGGCGUUGGUACAUUGCUCGGAGUUCACAACAUAUAUGAGUUUCAUAAAAAAAUGGAAGAGCUCAUUCAUCCAUAUACACCUCGAUUACGUAAUGCCGUGAGAUAUCCACAGGAAAUGAAACAAAAAGAAAUCGACGAUUGGAAAACUUUAGAACGAGAGUACGAAAUAGAAAAAAAUAAAUAUCAUGCGGAUAGAGAGGAAAAAAUGAAGAAAUGGAAGAAUAAAAAAUGGUGGUGGGAUUAA